AUGCAAGUUGUACAACAACAAGAAUCGAAUAAUAAUAACACAGCUUCUCAACAUGAACCGAUGAUGGUAGUAGCAUCUUCUUCAUCUACAACUUCACAACAAUUAAACACCACAACAACAGCUCCAAAGAAUGAAGGACAAUCAACGGAAGGCAUUCUGUUAAAUUUUGAUUCGAAUAACAAUAAUAACGAAACGAUUGGUGAAGCAUCAGAAGGCAAUCAUCAACAUGAGAGAGUUAUUUCUGAUGUGGUUACUAACAUCAUUGACAAGAUGAUUAAAGAUCAUAACAAUGAUGAUAAGUCAUCAGUUGAAGGUGGUGUUGUUGAAGAAAAUUAUAAUCAACAAGAAGAAUCUUCAUCAACAAUUGACGAUGGACACAAUGUGAAAAGUGUAACCUUUAAUGAUCAGGAAAUAUCUGAUAAGAAAGCAGACGAAACAAAGGAUGUGUCCUCUUCAUAUCCAACACCACCAAACAUGACACCAAAUGAUCAUUCCAUUCACUUGUCCACUCUUGACUGGGUCUCCAAACAAACCAUGACAGGAUCUUUUGGUGCAAGAGCUAAACACACAACAGUUUCGUUUACAAAUUCUAAACAAGAACCUUGUAUUUUAAUUUUUGGAGGACAAUCAAAUAUGGAAAGCUCAAAAUCAUCUUUAUCUACAAAUAGUAUUGCUGAAAACUUGAAUGGUAUUGAAAAUUCACUCUUCCUUCUCAAGAAAUCUGCAGAACAUGGUGAUUGGCAUUGUUUCUGUCCAGCUGUGAAGAAUAUUGCUCAAUCUCCACCUAAACUUCGUUAUCAUUCGGCUGUUUAUUUUGAAGGAAGAAUGUAUGUAUUUGGAGGAAAGAAUAAUUUGAGAUAUUUUGAUCAAUUAUAUUCACUGAAUUGUGAAACUUGGGAAUGGAGUCAUAUUGUUUCACUCCAAAAAUUCAGUACCAAACUCAUCAAGGAUUUCAAGAAACAAUCAUCAAGUAAUUCACCAUCAAAUUCUCCACCCAUUGGAAGAACUGUCAGAGAACAAAUUAGCUUUGAGUCACUGAUCAAGUUUCCAUGUAAGAGAAGUAAUCACACUGCAGUAGUUUUACCAAAAUAUAAGAAAAUGCUUAUUCAUGGAGGUAAAUGUGGUGGUGAGGUUUUGGGAGAUUUGUGGAGUUUUGAUUUGGAAAGUUAUGAAUGGGAUCAUAUUCAAAUUGAUAUUAACAAGACAUUGGUACCAAGUGAACGUCACUCUCACGCAGCAACUACACUCUACGAAAAUCCAAAUGUAAUGCUAUUCUAUGGUGGUACUAAUGGUAGUCAUCAAUUGAAUGAUUUGUGGAUGUUUGAUAUUUCAUCUCGAGUUUUCACACCCAUCACUCUGUGGAAUAGUGUGUUAAAUAAUCCAGGACUCUCAUUCAAAAUGAGUGAUAGUGGUGCUUCACAUGCUGUUCAAGUUGCCACCAAUUCUGUUUUUGGAAAGAAGCCAUCAAGCUCUGACACCAAGAAUAUGGUAAUUCCUCAACCAAGAACUGGACACACUUUCAUUUCUCUUGGUAAUGGCUACCUUAUGGUGCAUGGUGGCUAUUCUAACAGAAGAUUCUGUAAAGAUUUUGUAAUUAUAGACUUGCAAAAGAUGGAAUACAUUGAUUGCUCUGAUUUGCCAAGAAAAGAGUUGCCAUGCUCUAGAAAAUCUCACACCAUGACAAGUAUCUCUGAUGAAUAUAUUGCUCUGAUUGGCGGUGUCUCUAGAAAACGAGGCAAGCUUGGUGAUUUUGAAUUGAUUGAUAAGAAGUCACUUCUCCACACAUUGAUGAAUGAUGAGCAGUGUGAUGUGGAGGAUUUCAAGUCUGUUCUAAAAAAGAAAUUUAAUCUCGAUUUGGAUGAUUCUACGAGAUCUGCCUCCUCACACAUUCAAUCGUUGGAUAAUGUCAAGGAUUUGUUAGAUGCUGGAUCCAUCUUACUUUCUAUUAGGGAGUAUUCUUUGGCUAGAGAAUGUUUCUCCAAAGCUUGCUCAAUCAGUCCAAAGAAUGUAGAAGCCAGAGAGAAGAGAGCUGUCUGUAGCUACAUGAUUGGUGAACAUUUGGAAUGUAUUGAAGAUUUUAGUAGUAUUGAGAAAUGCACCGAUCAAACGUACGAUCUCAUCAAGGCCCAUUGCUACCUUAGAAUGGGACAAUAUCGAACUGCAUCAACCAUUCUUCAAACCAUCAAGCAACAAGUCAACCAAGAUGAACAAUCUGUUCUCCUCGAUGUUAUGAGACAAAUUAUGGAACAUUACGAGUCUAGCACUGAAAACAAGAACAAGACAUCUGGUGCCAGAGAAAGUAGAGCUUCUCAAGCUUACUAUGCUUCACACAUUGAUGAUUAUAUUUUCGAGCCAAAUUUUGCACGUUAUGUUGACUUGGAAGCAGAGAAUAAGACAAAUGACGAGUUGAAUACUUCAAUUGCCGAACCGUUCUCAUUACUCUUUAUAGGUGAAGAUAAGAGUGGAUUGACAUCAUAUUUACAACAAAUAAGAACCAUGUUCAGACAGAGUGUCAGUUUACAGGAAGCCAAAACCUACAAGCAACAUAUUCAAGCAUUCACUGCCUGGUUGUUCCAUCAAUUUAUUAGUUUGAAACAAUUGUUGCAAGCUUUAGAUAAGGAAGAACCACUUAUUGUACUUUCACCUGAUUUGUCAAAGAAUUGCGAAGCCCUUUUUGAUAUUUUGGAUAAUUCUGAUAAGCAUGCCUGCACAUUCCUCAUUCCACAAGUGAGAGAUUCCAUUGUUGCCUUGUCCACCAAUAAGGAAUUUGUCAAGAUCUUUACAAAUUUAUCCUCAAUCUAUGGAAAGCUUUCUAACAAGUAUUAUUUCACGUCACUUCCACACGACAUUCACAAAUUGUUCUUUACUGCCAACAUUGCAUACUUUUUGAAUGAAGCUCCAAGAAUUCUCCAAGAAAAUUACUUACCAACAGAGUUUGAUAUUGUUGCCUAUCCAGAAAAGACUCAUUUCCAUCCAUUGAACAUAAUUGAAAAUGAAUUGGCCAGCAGGGAAAUGACAGAAGAAGUUAGAAGAUCCUCUAUCAAGACCACAUCUUCACAAAGCAUUAGUGAUGACAUGUUCACCGAAGACCUUUCACAAUACAGAAAUAAUUACGAAAGUUUGAAUAUGAGUACUGAAAAGGCGCCUCUCGAAUUCAUGUUCAGAAGAACACCGUAUACCAUCUUCUCAACAAGAACCAGUGUAGAUGAGAAGAAGGUCACCUCUGCAAUUAAAGAGCUCUCUAUCGAUGCCAUUGUCAUUACUGUUUCCCUGGAAGAUAUUGAUCAACAAAAUAAUUCAGUGGUCGGAUCAAGUUCAAUACCAACUCUAAACUUUUUAAAGAAACAAGUAAUUGUCAAUGGAAAAUCAAGUGCAUCCAUUGUAAACAUUUUCAAAAUUUUGGAAAAAUUAUUGAUGGCAGAAGAGUUUGCAGACACUCAAAUUUGCUUUAUUUUCACACAUCUCGAUAUAUUUAAUCAAAAACUUUCUCAAGAUCCAUCCCUACUCACCAAGGUUUUCCCUAAAUAUUCCCCAAGCCCUAAAAAACCACCAAUCAAAUAUUUGGAAGAAACAUUUGAACUUUUCAAUAGCAAACAUAAGAGAAGAAGAAGAUUCCACUAUUCGUUUGUUAAUACAUUUGAUAAGGAAGAUGUUAGAAAGUCCUUUAAGAAUAUUCACGAGGUGGUAUACAGUGUUGAACUCAAGAGAAAAUUGGACAUGUACAAGAUGUUGUAA